AUGUCGUUCUUGAGCUUUCUCAGUCUAAAGAAACAUCAUAAUUUUUUAAAAAAAAAUCUACAUAUUUCUCUUACCAACAAUUUCUCCAAAAUACAAGAUUCAAAUGAAAGAAAAAUACCGCUACCUAGUGUUUUGAGGAAAUCAAUUGUUAGUUCCUGGUGUGCCAAACCUCUAAUAAAGAAUUCGUUCAGAAUGCUUAUCAAAAAAUAG